ACGACAGCCCACAAUAUGCACAGCUGCAAAGCGAUUGGCCUAGGGGACGUGCUUUAACUUUAACUGCUAAAGUUGGAAACUGUCAGUCGGCGGCCGACAAAGGUUUGUGUGGGGGAGUGAGAGCGAAGGGAGAAUACCCUCACUCCGUCUGUCAUCUCAUCACCGGCUUCGUUCUUAAAGCACAAGACAGCUUCCACCACAUCACCAUCCAACACACACAAAUGACAGCUAGGGAAUACUGUCAGUAUUUUUAGCAUUCUGGAAAAUGUAUCUCUCAGCCGACUGCAGCUGAAAAACAGUCCUGUUGUCCCAGUCCGGCGGUAGCUACUACCAUGAACGUCAACCCAGAGUCCAUUGGCAGUUCCAACUCCUAUCAGAUCUGCAACAACUGUCAGAAAGUGCUCAGAAAAAAGGAAAAAGGAAUGCGAAUCCCUCGACCUUUGACAAGUGGGCCGAGUGCCUUCAUACCAGAAAAAGAGAUCCUGGAGGCGACUCCGGUGGACAUGCACACCAACCUGCUGCUGCUCGUGGGGGACUACUCCUCGUCGGGCCAGCUGAACCACCUCACGCAGGUCAUGGGGCUCCACCCACAGUAUCUGGAAUCCUUCCUUCGCUGCCAGUUCUACUUGCUGAGGAUAGACGGGCCUCUGCCCCAGCACUACCGACACUACAUAGCUAUCAUGGCUGCAGCCAGGCACCAGUGUUCGUUCCUGGUGAACAUGCAUGUGCACGAGUUUCUACAGAUCGGCAUGUGUCUGGAGUGGCUCAACGGGCUGGAUUUCGCUCCACAGAGGCUAAGAAACUUGAAUGAGAUCAACAAAAUCCUUGCACACAGACCCUGGUUAAUAACUAAAGAGCACAUACAGAAGCUGGUGAAGACUGGUGAGAACAGCUGGUCUCUGGCAGAGCUGGUCCACGCCGUGGUCUUGCUGGCACACUUCCACGCCUUGGCAAGCUUUGUCUUUGGCAGUGGUAUCAACCCUGAGGUCGACGCAGACGCCUCCAACCGCUUCCAGGACGUGGCUCUGAACAACUUCUGUGUCUGUGACCUGGCCAAUGACAACAACCUGGAGGAAUUUCUCCUCCCUGGGAUGGUGGACUCUGUGAGUGAGCUGGAGGCGUUGAUGGGGAGGAUGAAGAGGCUUCAGGAGGAGGAAGAGGAGGCCUCGCAGGAGGAGAUGGCCACACGAUUCGAGAAGGAGAAGGAGGAGAGCCUCCUUGUCGCCUCUGGAGCUUUUGAAGAUGAAAUAGUUCCAGUCUCCAACGUCUCCCGCUUUGUCAGUGAUCCCACUUUCGGGUACCAGGACUUUGCCAGACGAGGAGAAGACAACCUGCCGACAUUCAGAGCUCAGAUCCCUUGUUCCUCUGGUCCUCACUCCGCUGCCCUUUGCUCACCUGUCUCUACGUUCUGGUUUGUACAGGACUUCUCGUGGGAUGACCAUGGCUUCUCUCUGGUGAACCGGCUGUACUCUGACAUCGGCCACAUGCUUGAUGAAAAGUUCCGCACUGUCUCCAACCUAACCUACUACAACAUGGCCACCCACGAGGACAUUGACACCACCAUGCUCCGGAGGGCGCUGUUUAACUAUGUGCACUGCAUGUUCGGAAUUAAGUAUGAUGACUAUGAUUAUGGAGAAGUUAAUCAACUGCUUGAGCGGAGCCUGAAGGUUUACAUAAAGACGGUGACUUGCUACCCUGAGAGAACGACCCGCCGCAUGUACGACAGUUACUGGCGCCAGUUUAGGCACUCGGAGAAGGUUCAUGUGAAUCUGCUCCUGAUGGAGGCACGCAUGCAGGCGGAGCUCCUGUAUGCCCUUCGCGCCAUCACUCACUACAUGACCUGAGGCACGGCAGCCUUCUCCCCUCAAACAAAUGACUCUUUAUCCAACAUUAUUGAUUGUUAGCGUUGAAGGAUCACAAGACAGUCUUGAAACCCCAGUGUCAAAACAUUUUGCCAUGUAUCCCGUGGCAGGUUAAAAGUGCAAUGUGUGUGUGUGUGUGUGUGUGUGUGUGUAUUUCUUGACUUUUACUAAACAGAGUGCUGAGAAACAAGCACUAGAUAUGCUAAGAACUUGUAUAAUAUUAUUUUCUCAUUACAUUUAAAAAAUAGAAAAAUAAUAUUUAGAAAAGGAAGUCCCUGUUCAGUGUAUAUUUUAACACAAAGCAAAACCAGCAUUUUUAAGGUAGUGUUUUUUUUUAUUUUAUUGUGUUGCUGUUCACUCACUCUGAACGCAGUAAUAAUGUGAAGGAGCAAUAUCAUUUGAUAAGUUUUUUGUAUUUUUUUUUUUGGUAGCUGUUCUUAUUAUAAUGUGAAAUUAAUCAGCAAGUUCAAUUUCAACUUAAGUAUUAUUUCUAGAUUGUCUAACAACAGUAGAUUAAACUCAUACUGCUAGGCUAGAUUUCUUUCAGCAGUGAACCUCUGUGCCACCAUCCUGCUUUGGUAUUAAAAAAAAGUAUUUAAGAAACUAGGUAAUAAAUGUAAAUUUGCCUUCUAAAAUUUUUUUUAAGAAAUCCAAGACUGCUAUAGAAGUAUUAACAAAAACAAAAACCAGCACAGUCAUGUCCUGGAACACAUGGAAUUGAAUUGAACAUAAUCUAAUAACAAAGUGGAAUUGAACAAGAUGUUCUUGCGGUGAGAAACAGAUUUGAGGGAACAGUACGAGGUGAAGUGUUGGGUCGAAAGGAUAUAGGAUGUAAUUCAGUAAUCAAGCUUCCCUUUCCCUUAAUUCAUUCUCCACAAUAGAAACUACCUAAUAUUUAUAUUUAUAUUUACAGGGUUGUAUUAAAUUGAUUCAAACAGUGUUGGAUACUAAUACCGCCAUCACUGAAAUCCUUGUAAAAAUUACUCCUUUAUGACAGCUAAGUGCAAGUAGGCUUCUUCAGCAUACAAAUGUAUUUUUUAAAUAGAUGGGGUAUUAAGAUCUGCCACUCUUCAGAUCAAUUGGAUUGACCCCUUUGUAUUUUAAAGGCUGGUGGUCACAAACCAAUAUAUAGUUCUGACCUGUGGAUCAUCUUCUCGUAAUUUAAGUGCAUCCUUUAAAGAUAUAUAUGUGCAGGUAUAUCAAGUAGAUCGGUGUUGUUGCUGUUUAAAACACCUGCUCUGUGCCCAGUUUAUCAAUGGCUUUUUUUAAAUGUAUUUUUUUUAAAAAAUUUAAUGUAUUUUCCUGUUUUUUCUGGACGUGGAUUUUACAUUAAAAGCUAUUGGCGGAAUUGAAACUUGAAAUGUCUCCUCUAGCUUGCUGGAUACUUAGGAUGUAAUGAAUGUAUGUAUUUCUACUGAAUAUCAAAAAGAAAAAAAAACGUGUAAAAAUAACUUGUACUUUUAGUUUUUACUUUUAUUUUUGAUGGUUUUGUAAAGACCAUGUUUGUAGAUUUGCAAUGGAAGCUUGUCCUCAUACAUACUGUAUAUCUCGGGUGAAUUGUAUAGCCCCUUUUUAAAUGAUUUUGUCAGUAUUAAUACAAUAAUCAAUGACGCUCCUCUUUUGUAAUUUGUGAUUGCCAACGGUAUAAUCAAACUGUGACGUUAUCUUUGUUUUUGUUGCUCUUGUGCUUUUGUUACUGCAGUAGUUACAGUAGAAAAAGAUAGAGUGUUUCAGUUAAUCUUAGACAGACCACUGAGUUUGUCUCCUAUUUCAAACAGAAGAAACAUGUCACAAUUAGAAUAAGCUAUCUACUGAUUUUACUUUGAGUAAGAUAAAGGCUGUGUAAAGCAACAGCAGACAAAUGGCAUUUUAGUUCUAGUUUUUUUGCUAUGAUUAUACCAUUGUGUAUUUAGCCCCAUUGUGAGCUGCUGAUGUUGAACCCAACGUGGGAUAUGGCCUAGCCAAAAAAUGCUUUGCUUCACCCUACAUUUUGAAUUUCAUUGAAGAGGAUGCUGCUGUAUUUACAGAAUGGACUGACCUACUUAUAUGCUUUUUUUUCUCAUUAAGGAAAUGGUGGGACAUUAGUGAAAGAUUAUAGUGUAGACAUACAGUGAAUUAGCAAUACAAUACAUACCACGAUUCUCUGGUCACUAUGCAGUACAUACCACUUUGCCAUGUAUUGAUGUAAUUGAGAAUUUUAAUUGGAUGCUUUUGCUGUCCAAGUCAAGUAUUCUGCAAUUUCAAAUUACAUGUUUUAACUCUUAAGGUACACAAGGAAUUGAGCGGUUGUUCAACAGUUUCUUCUUAAAAUACAUACACAAGCAAACUGACAAUUUGGAUGACCAGAUCCAACCUGCCAGUACAUUUAUAACCAGUUUCGUGCACCUCCUCACUGCAAAAAUAAUAAUGUUAGCAUUACUUGUGGGACACAUGUCCCUUGCACCUUAAAGGGGUAAAAGCUGUCCAGAAAAAAAAGGUAUGUAUUUUUAAUAAUAAAGAAUGCAUUUAAAACAGAAAUGUUCUUGAUGAAAUGAGCAAAAUAUCUUGUACAAUCCCUCUGUCGGUGUGAUACACCAGCAUUUUUUUUUUGUUAUUGUGUUUUUUUUGUGUGUGUGUUUUGUUUAAAAAAAAAAAAACAAACAAAAAAAACUAAACAAAACAUAAUUCUUACAAGUGAAGUGAUAUUUUCAAAAUGUAAAGAAAUGCUAAGAAAGGUGGUUGUUGUGUUUUUUUUUUUUCUUUGCUAGUUAUACCAGAUAUAUUCAGCGAGCCUUUGUAUAUGCUUGGGGAUUUAAUACUGGUUUCUAAAUGAAUGUCUGUGGGAGCAUCACAUCUCUUCUAUGAAUCUAGGACUACAGCUAUGGACAAAAGCUUUUGUGCAUCAACUUAUAGAAGUAUCUAAUUUUGCUUCAAAAAUUCGAAUGAAACCUGCUGAAUAAUGUUACAUUAACAUAUUAACUUGCAUACAGAUUUGUAGUUUUCCAUAUACUUAAUGAAAAACGGACGAAUUGAUAAAUGUGACAUUUUGAAAACAUGAAAUACUGUACUACUACUAUUAUUAUUUAUAUUUUUAUAAUGUCUCAGUCCUAAAGUUUUAGGUGAUGCUAAACUUUUGGCCACAGCUGUAUGUAGCUCAGUUUUCAUGCAAGUUACGAUGUUCUGUACAAUUCUAGUUCAGUCAUACGGUCUAGAUUGAAUAAAAAUUAUAGCAUUACUAAGGCUAUACAAAUCUGGCACUGUGUUGGUGCUAUUUAUUUAAUCUGACAGUAACAAAAGAGGAUAGUAUAAAGAUACAGGAACAAGAAGUACAAAAGGACAACCAGACUUCAGAGUAACUGCACUUUUCCAUAAGCUUUAUUUCUGUUUAAUGGUACAGAACAGUGGGUUUGGCUUAUAAAACUAUGGAUCACAUUUCUAUUGGCAGGAUUUUAUUUACUGAUUCUGAUAGAAACAUAAGAAAUCUCAUUGUUUCAAUAAAGAUGUUAAAACAA